AUGCGAGGUCCAGGAUAUGAUGGUGCUAGCAAUAUGCGAGGUGCUUGGAAUGGAUUACAAGCAUUAUUUCUUAGAGAUUGCCCUUAUGCAUAUUAUGUACAUUGUUUUGCUUACAUACUACAAUUAGCAUUAGUUGCAGCAGCAAAAGAUGUGGCUCCUAUUUGGCUAUUCUUUUCAACCUUGAAUUCCAUUAUCAAUCUUAUUACUGCUUCUCCUAAGCGCCAUGGUGAAUUACAAUCUACUCAAGCAACUGAUAUUGCACAUAUGCUGGAUACUGGUGAACGUGAGACAGGUAGAGGGGCUAAUCAAAUUGGUACCUUGCAUCGGCCUGGAGCUACUCGUUGGGGUUCUCAUUAUGAUUCUGUUUCGGACUUGAUAGAAAUGUAUAAUGCAUCUUGUUCAGUGAUUGAGACCUUAAUUAAGGAUGGAGCCACUAACUCUAUACACGGGGAAGCUACUGAUACGAAUGCUCUUUACAAAAUUGGUACAAGUCGUUCUUGUCAACAACGUGAUGAUAUUACAGUUGAACAUCACUACCGGGUUGAUUUAUUCAAUGACACCAUAUAUUAUCAAUUGGAAGAGUUAAACACUAGAUUCAGUAAAGGAACAAUAGAACUUCUUACUCUUAGCUCUGCUUUGGACCCUAGCAAUGAUUUUAAAGCAUUUAAGAUUGAUGAUAUUUGCAAGCUUGUUGAGAAAUUUUAUCCAAGAGAUUUCACUUCCAAAGACUUGCGUUUAUUGAGGUAUCAGCUAGAACUUUUUGAGUCUAAACUACAUCUUGAUAUCUUCCAAAAUAUGUCUACUCUUUUUGAACUAUGUCAACGAUUAACUCAAACAAUCAGAGCACAGACAUAUUAUUUGAUUAAUAGGAUGAUUAGUUUAGUGUUAACUCUUCCAGUUUCUACGGUGACUAUAGAACGAGCAUUUUCAGCUAUGAAACAUAUUAAAAUUGUACUUCGUAACAAGAUGGAGAAUGAGUAUUUGACAGAUUCCCUUAUUGUCUACAUUGAAAAAGAACUUUCUAUGGAUAUUGAUUCAUAUUCAAUAAUCACAUAUUUGGAGAAACUCAAGGAGCGUAGGGUUCUACUUCACUAG